AUGGCCGUCGUCGGUAUUGAUCUCGGAUGUCUCAACAGCAAGAUUGGUGUCGCCCGCAGAAAGGGUAUCGAUAUCAUCACAAACGAAACGUCUAAUCGUGCUACUCCAUCCCUCAUUUCGUUUGGUGUCAAACAACGCGCCAUCGGCGAACCCGCAAAGACGCAGGAGAUUUCCAACUUUAAGAACACAGUCGGAUCCCUCAAACGAUUACUCGGGCGAUCGGCAUCUGAUCCAGAUAUCACCGAAGUCGAGAAAAAGUUCCUCACCGCCGCCCUCGUCGAUGUAAACGGUAGUGUGGGCGUCAAGGUCAAUCUCGCUGGAGAGUCCCAACAGUUCUCCGCCACCCAGCUCGUUGGAAUGUACCUAGGCAAACUCAGGGAUACUGCAGCUGCCGAGCUCAAAAUCCCAGUAUCAGAUGUUGUCAUCGCGGUUCCUGCAUGGUACACCGAUAUCCAGCGACGGGCAUUGCUCGAUGCCGCUGCCAUUGCCUCACUCAAUCCCUUAAGGAUUAUUAAUGAAACCACCGCCGUAGCCUUGGGCUAUGGUAUUACAAAAUCCGACCUACCGGAACCGGACAGCCCAAGACAUGUCAUGUUCAUCGACGUAGGGCACUCAAACAUGACUGCCACCAUUGUCGCUUUUGCAAAGAACCAGCUACAUGUCAAGUCAAGCGCAUCCGACCGACAUCUUGGCGGUCGUGAUAUCGACUAUGCGCUCGUGCAACACUUUGCCGCCGAGUUUAAAACAAAAUACAAGAUUGACCUGAAAAAGGUUCUUUCCGCCAACGCAGAGGCAAACCUGUCGGUCGAGUCGAUCAUGAAUGACGUCGAUGCGUCGUCGCGGUUGACACGCGAAGCGCUCGAGGGUCUCAUUGCCCCUUUGUUGGAGAAAGUGGCCGGUCCGAUUCAGCAGGCACUCGCGGAUGCUGGUCUUUCACCAGAUCAGAUUGAUAGCAUCGAACUCGUUGGAGGAAGCUCGCGAGUUCCUGCCAUCAAGCAUCGCAUCCAGGCCAUCUUUGGUGGUCGGACGCUCUCUACUACGCUCAACCAGGAUGAGGCCGUCGCACGCGGUGCCACGUUUGCAUGUGCCAUGCUCUCUCCGGUAUUCAAAGUCAGGGAGUUUAGCUAUCAUGAUGUGGCACCUUAUGCGGUCAAAGUCCAAUGGGAGCCAACCGAGGAGGAACCCGAGUCGGAGUUGAUCGUGUUCCCCAAGGGUAACACCGUUCCAUCCACCAAGAUUCUGACAACUGCGCGAAAUGCGCCGUUUGAUAUCGAGGCCGACUACGCGGAACCUGACAGUCUGCCCGGUGCCAUCAACCCAUGGAUCGCCCGUGCGACGAUCAAGGGAUCACCUGCCGCUGGUGAAAAUCCGACAUACAAGGUCAAGACUAGGAUGAACGCCAACGGCAUCGUCUCGUUCGAAGGUGCAUACUAUGAAGAGAUUGAGGAGAAGGAAGACACGAUGGAAGUGGAUGCCAAAGAGGGUGAAGCGCCUCCCAAGAAGAAGAAGAUUGUGCGAAAGAAGGAUGUCCCGGUCGUUACUGGCUACGGAUCCCUAGACGCCACUGUGCUCAAUUCUCUGCGUGAGCAGGAAGCGUCCAUGCACGCUGCGGACAAGCUUGUCAAGGAUACAGAGGAUCGCAAGAAUGCCCUUGAAGAAUAUGUGUAUGACAUGCGCUCCAAACUCGAUGACCGCUAUGCAUCGUAUACUCAAGCAGAAGAAAAGGAAAAGUUGUUGAGUAUGCUCUCUGCGGCGGAAGACUGGUUGUACAGCGAGGAGGGCGAGGACGCGACAAAGUCUGCGUACACCCAGCAACUUGACAAACUCAAGGCUGUUGGAGAUCCAAUUGCGUUCCGCUACACCGAACACUCUGAACUCCCUCGCGCGGCAUCGGCGCUCCGGGACGCGUUGAAUCAAUUCUACACGCAAGCCACCUCUGGCGAGGAGCGCUACUCACACAUUGCCGAAAAGGACCUAACGUCCGUCGUGGAAAAGGUGGCGACAACACAGAAAUGGCUCGACGAUGCCAUGGCCAAGCAGGCUGAAAAGCCAAAGAGUGUCGCGCCGGUGGUGACGACGGCAGAGAUUCAGAAGAAGCGCGAGGAGCUCGUCUACUUCUGCACGCCGAUCAUGACCAAACCCAAGCCCAAGCCUGCGCCAACGGAGAACCCGCCACCUCCUACAUCGAAUCCACCCCCUGCUCCGGCUGACGAUGGAACUCCGAAUGCGAGUGGGACGGGUACGCCUGCGGAGCCUCCGAAUAUGGACGUCGAUUAG